AUGGGCGUGCUAGGCAGCUCCCCUUUGCCAUCCGGGAGAACAUUCCAGCCUACCAAGUUUGAAAACAAGCAAGGCUCGACCAUGGUACCAAUUCACGACGCCAUCUACUAUCCCCCGGACGAUCUCUUCUUCACUGCAGACGCGAAAGGCCGCCUGCGAGUCUGGGACCAUGCUACCCGCCGCUGUUGCAAGGAGUUCAUUCCGCAUCACAGCAAGCGAAACUUGCAGUGCUUGGAACUCUCCUCAGACUACGACAUUCUUGUCCUGGCUAAUUUCGAUGGCAUGGUUUUUGUCUACGAUGUCAAGAAAAUGCUCGCACAUUCCGGUAUCGCCCCCAUCUCGUUCCGCGCUAAUUCCACCUACAUCACACGCGUUCGACUCAGCCCUUUGUCCAACCUACUCGUGUGUACGACAAAACAAGGCGCAGUUAAGGUUUUUCGAAUGCAGGAUAUUAAAGCUAGCAGAACGAUACCGGCUGAGGGAGCAGAUAAGCGCGAAGAGAGCGUCACCCCGGUAUGGGAUUUCGGUUCGCAUCCUGGAUGGAUUUGGGAUGCUGCGUUUGUGGGAGAUUCAGAAGACUUUAUCUUCACCUGCAGCAGUAACAGACAGGUCAUGCUGUGGACCUUGAAGAACCUUGGGGAAAGUGCAGAAUACAAAUGUCACGAUAAGCCUGUCGUGUGCUUAGCCGUAAAAGAAAGAUGUGCGGGAAGACCAGUCAACCAGUUCGGAGGUGGACGCAACGCGGGUACGCAUGGAUCUAGAGUCGAUGCUACAGAUGCAUAAGUGCAUUUACGGUGAAUGCAAUAACCUUGGAGUGCGGAAGUAGACAACGCUUCGAUUAUCAUGACGGUGAAGGCUGCAGGAAGGAGUGAGAGUGAAAAUAUCCACCAGCAGACGAAUCCGCGUAAGCAGAAUCUUGUUCAAUAACCCGCACUACAAGAUUUGAAAUCAAAUAUGCCCACCGUUCAGCAUGGAGAUUUAACAGCCAGUGUUGAAGGGAAAUAAGACUAGCACGACUCCAUGCCUCUCAAUCUCAUGAUCAAAAAAGGUGGGACAACAAAACACGGUUAGUUUGAAUUCUGUAAGCAGUUGUUCUCAUUGCGGAGCUAACGGUGCGUGGUCCAGAUGAUCAUACAAAAAGGACACUGCUUAUGUCUUUCGUUGGCGUGCAGUUGUGAUAAAGAAUUCAGAGAA